AUGUUCUGGGAUGCAUACGCCUGGGUGGCGAGGUGUGAGAAAUGCAAGUUGUUUACAGGUAAACCCCAGUUGGCUGCCUUGCCUUUGAGGCCCGUGGUAAUUGAAGAAUUGUUUAAGCAGGGGGGAUUAGAUUUUAUUGGUCCUUUGAACCCCAUUUCCAGUGCGGGGCACACUCACAUAUUAACAACAAUGGAUUACUGCACUAAGUGGGUGGAAGCUAUCCCCGUUAAAAAAACUACCUCAGAAAUUGUGUGUGCAUUCCUUAAGGAUAAUAUUCUUGUAAGGUUUGGAGUCCCUCAAAAAAUAGUCACAGAUAAUGCAUCAAAUUUCUCUUCAUCUGAGUUGAGCUUAUUUUGCUCUGAUCACAAAAUUUCUUUGGCACACGCUUCUGAUUAUUAUCCUCAGGGUAAUGGUCAGGCGGAAUCAAGUAACAAGAACAUGAUCAACAUCAUGAGAAAAUUGGUCAGUGAAAAUUUCAGGGAUUGGCAUAAGAAGCUGCAUGAAGCACUAUGGGCGGAUCGAACUUCAUCGAAACGGGCCAUAGGAAUGUCACCAUUUGAGCUGGUAUAUGGUAUUGGCGCACAACUAUCUCUCCCUUUAGAGUUAGCAGCUUCUAAACUGCAGACAGUGAUAGAAGACGCAUUUUUUCAAAACUCUCUUGAAAAAUGA